CCCCGGCGCACGCUCGGACGCCUCCGAGCCCAGGUCGUUGGGCCCAGCCCGGUUCCCCGGCAGUGCGCUAGCCAAGAUGUUGAGGCGCAGCUUGGAAAACCGGGACGCUCAAACCAGACAGCUGCAAGAUGCUGUCACAAACGUGGAGAAGCAUUUCGGAGAGCUGUGCCAAAUCUUUGCUGCUUAUGUAAGGAAAACUGCCAGACUGCGAGACAAAGCAGACCUACUGGUGAAUGAAAUAAACGUGUAUGCCUCUACAGAGACCCCAAAUUUAAAGCAGGGCCUGAAAAACUUUGCCGAUGAGUUUGCCAAACUUCAGGAUUAUCGACAAGCAGAGGUUGAAAGACUUGAAGCCAAAGUAGUUGAACCUUUGAAAGCUUAUGGAACCAUUGUAAAAAUGAAACGAGAUGACCUCAAAGCAACAUUAACAGCAAGGAAUCGAGAAGCUAAACAGUUAACUCAGUUAGAAAGAACACGUCAGCGAAACCCAUCUGAUCGACAUGUCAUUUCACAGGCAGAAACUGAAUUGCAGAGAGCUACAAUGGAUGCUACCCGAACAACUCGUCAUCUGGAGGAAACUAUUGACAAUUUUGAAAAGCAGAAAAUAAAGGAUAUAAAGAUUAUAUUUUCAGAAUUUAUCACUAUUGAAAUGUUAUUUCAUGGCAAAGCUUUAGAGGUCUACACUGCUGCCUACCAAAACAUACAAAAGAUUGAUGAAGAAGAAGAUCUGGAGGUUUUCCGAAAUUCUGUGUAUCCACCACAUUAUUCAUCCCGUUUAGAUAUCGUAAGAGCAAAUUCAAAGUCGCCUCUUCAAAGAUCACUCUCGGCUAAGUGUAUAUCUGGAACAGGACAGGUAUCCACCUGUCGACUAAGAAAGGAUCAACAGGCAGAAGAUGAUGAUGAAGAGGAUGAAGACUUAGAUGUCACAGAAGAAGAAAAUUAAUCUUAAGUAAACUCCACCUUUCAGUUUUCAUCUUAAAUGACUUGGAAUCCAGAAUUAAUACAAUGUAAAACUUUAUACUGGCUUCAUACACGAUAAACCUCAAAAUGAAAUCCCACUGGAAAUGAAAAUUAAAGGAAAUUUGUGCUGACAAAAACUGAAGGUUUUAAAAAAUAUUACACACCAGUCAUUUCAACAUCCUAUCCAACAGUAUGUGAUUUUUGUAUAGGUUCCAUUUUUUAAAAAAUUAUGUAUUUCAAAAGUAUUUCAUAUUAAUGCACUAUACAUAGUUGAGGUUGCAAUAUAACUAGGUGAGAAAAAACAAGAGAUCUAACAAUUUGACUUGUUUCUUUUGCUUUCAUUGCCAAAAAAGGGUCUUUAGUCAUUCUGAUUAAAUACAAAUUCUAUUCCAUAAAGCCUUAAUAAAAAAGACAAGGGUUUUUUUUCCUUUCCUCAUUUUCACUUUUACUAUAACCUUAAGUUUCAUUGUUUGAUAAUUUAGUUUUCAACAAGAGUGUUAUUACUUCUGAUUAAAGGUAAUGGGCACUAGGAUAUCAGUGUCUUAAAUUUUAGGUUAAAAUUUAGCAUAAAUUUUAGAUUGACAAAGAAAGCUACAUUCAGCCUGAUUCGAGUUUCAGAAUGAAAAUGCUAUCAGACUAAAGAAUUAUACACAAAACUACAACUUUUGGAAAGCUGUAAUUUGGUAGAAUGUUGCUAAGAAAACAUCAUGGAAAAUCAUUAAACCAAACCACCAUCUAAUUAAUGAAAGAGGAUAUAGUUACUUUUAUUCCUGAAAAUAAUCAAUUUAAUCAGAGCCUUUCAGUAUGCCCAUUUGUUUCUUUGGACGGGGACUGCACUUUUGAUAUUUCAUGGAUACUAGUCAGGCAUAUAAAAAUAAUGAAAUUUUUAAAUCAUUUGGGGUAACACAAAAAACAAUUAUUCAUAACAGACAAAUAAAGGCUUUACAGAAAGCUUUUUGACUUUGUUUUCCAU